UUCUUAUUCCAACAUUCACUUGCUUCCUUUUGAAUACUUAGAGAGUGGAGGAGACAGCAACUGGAGCAGCACAGGCUUUUAACUCAAGAUAUUAAGAUGAGCGCAGACACGGCAGAGCACACGGAGGCUCCAGGUGAACAGACGGAGCGAAACGGAAUCGACUUCAGUCGUCAGAUAAAAACAGAGGACAUUCAUGACUCACCUCAUUCAGGCUCCACCGUAAAGACAUGCCACCUGACACAGAGCUCUCCAGUGCACGGAGGUCAGCUGACUGGGGAGCUCACAUCUCUCCACCCCAUGCAGCAGCUGGUUCUGAUGCCUCCUUCUCACCUGCCAUCUCCCUCCCCCUUCCUGCUCUCCCAGAGUUCCUCCAGUCACCAAGCCCUUCUGCAGCAGAACCUGCUAUCUCUUCCUAGCCAGAGCCCAACUGGUCUUCUUCAGCAUCAGCCUGGUCUGGCUCUGACUCCACAGGCUAUGGGUCGCUCGGGUCUGGCAGGACCUUCCAUGGAGAACCACAUGGACAUGUCCCACCUGCAGAUGCCCAAACACAUGUCGGUGCCUCCACAGGAGGAACCUAACGAGCUGGAGGAUCUGGAGCAGUUUGCUAAAGCAUUCAAACAAAGACGGAUCAAACUGGGUUUCACUCAGGGAGAUGUUGGCCUUGCAAUGGGAAAACUCUACGGGAAUGACUUCAGCCAGACCACAAUCUCUCGAUUUGAGGCCCUGAACCUGAGCUUCAAAAACAUGUGCAAACUCAAACCUCUGCUGGAGAAAUGGCUGAGCGAUGCCGAGAACUCACCUUCUGACUCGAUGAGCAAUUCCAGCUCUCUGCCGGCCCUGAUGGAGGGCUACGGGCGCAAACGGAAAAAGAGGACGAGCAUUGAAACCAACAUCAAAAUGACUCUGGAGAAACGUUUCCUGGAUAACCCUAAGCCCAACUCUGAGGAGAUAACCCUGAUCUCAGAGCAGCUGUCCAUGGAGAAGGAGGUGGUUCGAGUUUGGUUCUGUAACCGUCGCCAGAAGGAGAAGAGGAUCUACUGCCCGACAUCAACUCUACCUGUCAAGUCUCACACCUACAACUCCAGGAUGGCCUCUGCAUCCAGGUCCUACAGCCCUCUGGCUUCAGGUGGAGUUUCUUCAAGUUCAUCCCCAAAUAGUAUGAGCCGUGAGGCAUCUCCCAACGGUCUGUCUGCAGCCUCCACCUCUCUAACCUCUCCAGUCAGUGCAGCUUCCUACAGCACGUCAGGGUCAUGGUACCGCACAUGGAACCAUCCCACAUAUCACCAUUGAAAAACUGUAUGACAUGAAGUUUUUGAAGGUAGUUUUCUUCUAGAAGGAUGCAUGGAGUCACUCAUUGUCCCGUAACACACAUGGUUACAGCUACAGGUGAAAGCUCACACGGACACAUGAGACAAAGAAGCGGGAGCAGCACAAGCAGAGGACUGCGUGCCACCACUCUUCUGUCAACACUCACUUCAUUGCUCAUGCAAGUCCCAACAGCCUUCAGCUGUUUGAUUUGUGUUCAAGUGACUCUUUAUUCAGUUGCAAAUAUGAAGAACACACACACAAAUCACACACACACAAAUAUCCUAAACAAUGGAGGGAAACGUCCUGUCUGAGCCUGUAACUGCCACCACUUAAAAUAAUUUAUAUUGCGCAUCAGCCUGUUUAUAAUGCCAUCUUUCUCCUCUCAUCUGUUGUUUUUUUAAUGUUUAUAUUGUAUUUAGUGUUGAUUUCAGGGUGUUUUUAGGGAUUUUACAGGUUUCAUGUAUGUUUGUUAGUGCUGCAACUUACUACUUUUAUUCAACACUGUACUCUCGCUGUACCUGAAUAAGAUCUGGACAUGUCACAUGAAACGACUUUAUUUCAGUUAAAAAACACGUAUUAAAACAAACAGAAAUGCCAUGCCCUGUGUCAAGCUCAUUACAGAUGAAACUUUGAACCAUAAUUUGAAUUUCAUCGUGCCAUCUGGCUCUUAUCAAAGCUCUGAAUGGGCUAUUUGCACGGUUCGUUAACAAAUCACAUAUGUGUUAGACACUUUUAUGGAUAUUGAGUUUUAUGGCAGAUGUGGAGGUUUCUUCAAACCGUUUAGACCCUUUGCGGGCAACUCAGUGAAUCCUAGCAGUUACAUUACCUACAUCCUGAAAUAAUAACUGAUGGGGAUUUUUUGUGCCAUUUAACACUCAAGUUUUCCAGAGAAAGUUGUAAAAUAUAAAAUAUCACCAGACCUUUUUUUUUGUUUUGUUUUUAGUUUGGAAGUGGAGCACUUAAGCAAGUGUUGACAGAGUUUCUCUUUAUUUUGUAGCUCGUAGCUUGCUCUGUCCUCAGUUCACUUGUGUUUGCCUCUCUGCAGUUUCUGUUUUGAGUGUCCAUUGUAUAUUUUUUGUCCGGGGUUAAAGUUUUGCAGUGGGACCAAACUCCAACUUCAGCCAUAAAAUGAAAACAGCCACUAUAUUUACUGUAUGUUAUGUAACGUUACAGCAGAGUCAUGUUUUUACUGAUGUAACUGAAGCUACCACUGUAAAGGUGAAAAUGGAAACAGUGACGUGUGAUCCUCUGAGUCUCAGAGAAUCGUUUGUAUUUACCUCAUACUGAAUGUUUAUUAACA